AUGUUCCUGAGUGCUAUAGGCUAUAAAACAUCACUCUACGAUCAAAUGGAGCUGAGCAGCGGAAACCUUGACAAAGCACCUUCAUGGAAGGACAGCAUAGACAACAAAGACCUGCUGACACUGAGCAUAGACUGCAUUAGAGAGACAAGAGGCCUGAACAAGGCUGAACAGGUCAAAACAUUGGCCUCUAUGGAUAUCAAGGCUAAAGCUUUGAAAAAUGACGAUAUUGACGAGCCUGAUGACAAAUCUUCAAACCUUCAAAUGACCUCCGUAUUGGAUGCCUGUAAGAUUGCUAUGGAAAAUAAUAUGUAUGGGGAUUUAAAGCCAUUUAUAAAGGAUGUCAAGUUCAGCCCGAGGCCGCGGAACCUUAUUACGCUUCGCAACGCUAGCUACUAUAUCAAGGUUUUAACACUUAGUCAUGUUUCGGCACGAAUGGGUCGUCGGCUCGACCGGAGUGAUACCACGGCCUCACAGAAAACCGGCGUGAAACAACCACAGCGUUGUGUUUCGCCGUUUGAGAAUACAGAAUCUUUAUUUUGGACGCUACUACAAGUGGUUUCCCAGACUCCGUCAGCUGUGAGGACUAUUCACGCUGACUAUUACAAAGUGGUGGUAGCAGAGUUAUUGGAGAAAAUCGAGAAAAUGCCUGAGCCAAUUUCAUCGGACAUAAGACUCGGCCAAACUAUACUCUUAUUUCUGCAAGCCGAAUACGACAUUGCGGAGUCCAGUAUUAAAUAUAAUUGGAAAGUUACAGAGACGAAUCUUGACCCGGAUAUACAGCAAGCGAUGCGCACUUUGCCACAGGAACAGAUCGCGUUACGAAGAGCUCUCCAAGCCGUAGAGUUGUGGACUGAGCUGCUGGCUGUAAUCAAUACAGUGACCUACAAAUCUCUGUUGACCCCCGCUCUUCAGUUAGCCGAAAUAUUUGUUCAACAAUUGCUCUACUAUAGUCGACCUGCGCACGCGCUGCAAUUGGCUCAUAUAUGCUGUCAGCUAGCCAAAUAUUUGGAUGACAAAUUAUCAUACGUGCGUAAUGCAGGCAUUCUUCUCUCCAACGUUAUCCAGCAUUCCACUGUAUUAGAACACAUCCUGUCUCAAGCGACUGAUUAUUAUACGGAUAUCAUGAAAAAUAUUCAGAAUGUUGAGUCCGGAGUUAUUUUCUUGUGUGAUGUGGCUAUCUUCUAUUUGAACUCCGGGUCGAUGAAUGUAGCGGCGAAGUUAGUACAGGUCGCUCAAAUAAAAACAUUAGCUGCUUACGACAAGUGUCCUGAUAUUAAUCUCGAUUUAGCGGUCGGACGGCUCAUGGAGGUCCAAACUUUACUCGCCCAGGAAUCGAAGCCAAACAUCUUGAGUGGUGUAAACGGAACACAGAGGCAUUAUAUGUCCAUUUCGAAUACUGCGUCGAAAUGGUCAGCCCGUCGUCUCCGCUCGUUGACAAUAAGGUACCGUACGUCAACUAGUAGCGUCCGCAGUGUACGCGUGAGUCGGUCGCUGCAGCUAUGGCGGCGCGCGCGGAGCUCGUGCGCAGUGUCCGCGCCGCACUGCUCCGCCGUACUACAGGCGCUCAUGUACGCGAAUAUCGUGAACGCGCACAAAAUGGACGACGCACAGGUGAAAAUCGACAAUCGUCUCAAGUACAUCCUAGGGCUACCACCUUCGAGCGACCCGCCGAUUAUAACCACUGAAGCUAAAGUACAAAUGUUCGCGCCAAAACAAGAUUUUGAAACCAUGCUAGAAUGCCAAAAAUUCAAAUCCCAAGUUAGUCCUACAAGAAAAUAUGUCACCAUUCCCGGCUUUAUAUUGCCAGAGUUCUUCAGACAUAAGCAGUGCGAUUGUUAUGCUUGUAAUAACCCAUAUUGUCCUCUCAUUUUCUACAUAACUGCCGGGUUGGAAGCUUCCAUGUAUUUUCGAGCUAACGAACAAGAAAUAGGCAAAAAUUACUUCAAAGGAGUCAUCAAUUCUUUCUCCUAUUUCGAUACCAAGUUGAAGGCAGUUUUGAGUUCUUAUACCGAGUUGGAUUUCGAAAAAUACAUUGUCGAUCAUGUAAAAUCCAUCUUCGAAGAUCAAUUUAAGAAAGUUAAGCUAGAGAUUUUGAUCGAAGCGUCCUUUUUUGAGAUGAAAAAUGGAAAUUUUGAUGCGGCCGAUGAUUAUAUUGUGACUAUUCAUGAAAUUUGCCAGGAUAUGCGAAUUGAUGAUGCUUAUUUGAACAAUGAAAUUAUGAAUUUGAUGGUAGCGUCAGCUAGACUGAGGAAUGUCGUCAAAAAACAAGAGUUCGAUCUUGAAAGUGAAUUUGAAAAUCUUAAAUUAAGUCCGAAAAUGAGGACCGAAGGUGAUAAAACACCGGAAUCGAAGCCUAAACUGCCCCAAAUGUCGGCUAGGAGAGUCAAAGACGAGGAAUUGCCGAAAAAACGCAAAGUUAUAAAACUUAACCUAGACGAAAACAGUUCGGAUGAGAAAGAAGAGAAACCGAAGCCUAGAAAACCGGUUUCCGAAUUCAAAAUACCCGUCCCAGUAACAUCGAAACCGGUUUUAGAAAUCCUAACACCAAGACCGUCUCGAAAACCGGUGAUUACCGUCACAGACACGGCCAAAACUCCAGUUAACGAAAAAACUGACAAGUCCAAUGAAUUUUUUACCCCCAUGUCGACACCGGAACAAUUUUUCACACCUUUAAACACUAUAAAAACAUACUCAAAAUCCACAUUAAGAAAAGGUAUAGUGAAAAAUUUGGAACACGAAUUUUCCACGCCAAAAGCUGUGCCCCAAAAGGAAAAUUCCAAAAACCUAGAUGCUCCUAGGUCAUCUAGGAAGGAAGAAAAGGAUAGGGCCUUAAAAAGGGCAACUAGUCCUGGGAAAUUGACUGAGACCAAAACACGCCCUCGCAGGAUAAGGCAACCAAAGUUAAAUGAAUAAAAAACCUUUUUCAUAAUGUCUG